CCAUAUUUGGGUAUUGUACUGCGCGCGCCGUCGUCAAGUGACGUUCACGUUCUCUUGCUAAAUAAGCCCAGUAUGAAUAAUCUGAACCGUCCUGAUUACGUAACUCUGAUGAAUACAAAGAUGAAGGGCGAACGUCAAGCUGCAGAGCUUCUCGAUGCUAACAACAUUUCUUAUUCAAGUCAGCUUCUUCAAACAAUGAACGAUUUCAGAAAGGAAGGAAUGUUUUGUGAUGUUAUCAUCAACGUAAAAGGAGGACGAAAAUUUGCUGCACACUGCACUGUCCUUGCCGCUUCUAGUCAUUAUUUUCGAAAGCUGUUCAGUUUUAAUUCGCGGCCAAGGAGUGAUCAUUUUGAGGUCGAUUUGGAAUGGCUGUACCCCGAUGAUGUGGGCGAUAUCUUAGACUACAUGUACACGGGACAAAUACAGUUAGGAGACAACGCUGAGUUAAUCUUAACAGCUGCUACGUACUUCAUAAUCGAGGAUCUACAAGAGGCUGUCACAGACUUCUUGCAAGAGCACUUGAACCUUUACAACUGCUUCUCCAUUCUAUCUGUGGCCGACGAGCAUUCGCUCCAGGCGUUGAAAUCGUCUUGUAGCCGUUUCAUCAGCGCAAAUUUCGUGCAAGCUACUGGCACUCCGUCGUUUCUCAGUUUACAGGAGACUUUGCUGGAGGAGGUCAUCUCGAACGAUGAUCUUGCUGUGACGAAUGAGAAGGAUGUCUUUAGUGCGGUCGUGCGAUGGAUCAGGCACGACUUAGACAACAGAGCGUGCCAUUUUAAAGAUCUUUUCUCUUGUGUUCGCCUGAGACGAAUGUCAAGGGACGUUCUUUUGAAUAUUGUAGCCAGAGAAACGCUCGUUCGGGAAAGCACCACGUGUUUGUCGCUUGUUCAGGAGGCACUCCAAACAGUCGGUUUACACGAGCAUAUUAGCAUAAGUGGUACGGAAGUCCCUAAGGAGUUUGUCAGUGCUGUAGUUAUGUGUGGUGGCACUGGAAGCAAGUAUGUUACUCAAAACAUUAAACACACUGUCUGCUACGUGCCUGCCAUUAAUAAAUGGUUUGAUUUACCGGAUAUGCUUCAUGGGCGAAAAGGUCACUCGACGGUUUUGUGUAACGGUGUUCUUUACAGCAUUGGACAUCACUCCGUUUUCAGCCAAGAAGGCAGCCGCUUAGUCCAGUGCCUUGUUCCGGGUGGCAGUGCCUGGAACACUCGCGCCUCACUGCCGAGAGGAAGCUGCUUCUCGGCUGCGGUCGCUCUCCAAGGCCAGGUGUACGUCCUCGGUGGCAUCCACCAUGAGAACGACGGUACCAUGGUGUCAGCUCGAGUCAGUCGGUACAACCCCGCGUUGGAUAAAUGGUACCCUGUCACGAGGAUGAACUGUGCUCGGCAAGGCUUAUGCGCAGUGGUGCUCGAUGGUAAUAUCCUCGCGAUAGGAGGACGGAGAAUCUCAUAUUGUACCAACUGCCUUUGUUCUGCCAUUCUUGGCAGAACAAAGGUGUACCUCUCUUCCUGCGAGGUGCUGGAUCUGGCCACCGAGGAAUGGGCCUCGCUUCCAAACAUCUCCGUCCCGCGCCAGGCGGCUGGUGUCACAAGACUUGGCAACCGGAUUUACCUGUUUGGAGGCUGUUAUAACUCGGGGAGCUUGGACAGCGUGGAGUGUUAUGACGAGCGCAGGAGGAGCAGGGAAACCGUCAGCAAAAUACCUUGUAAAAGAUCCUGGUUCCAGUGUGGUGUGCUCAGAGUGGCAAAAGAGAUUUUUGAGUUUUGCAACGUUCUCUGAUUGAAAAUGUUGUACAACCGAAAGCCAGCCUUAAUUACUCAGUGUGGCGAUGUUUGGUUGAGACACAUAUAUUCGUAUUACGAACCUAACUAUCAGAAUCGAGAAGAUACUGGUAACAGUGAAGUGAUAGUAAGUUAAUUUUGGAGAACAGUACUCUAGAAAUGACAAAAACCAUUAGAGACGGACCGUUAAUUUUUUUUGAGGGGAUUGUUGUAAUUUCUUAUUU